UUAGAAGAGAACCAGUUAAUCUGCUCGAGACGAACGGCUGAACAAGAUGGCGGAUUGAGUGGGUUGCGCUCUUGGGAAAAAAGUAGCGUCUACAAUUUGUUAAUAUUACAACAGACAAAGUUAAUUCGUUUGUGUAUGCGUUUCACUGUAAGAUAAGGUUAAAAGUGUAAAAUUGCCCCUCUAAUUGAGGUGGUUUAGAGAAAGCGUCGAACACGGGUCCGUACAGCGUCCUUCCUAUGUAAGAGGUUAGCUAGAUUGUUUUCGGCGUUGUAACAGCGCUGCUGGAAAAUUGAUCACUAAGCUGGAUAUAUAUAGGAAAACACGUAAGGGCGAGCAACUAUAUAUGAUCAUAAUUAUGAAAUAUUCAUCUUCGUGAGAGACGAUAGGCUUUUAGUGUGCGUUCUAGCGAGCGUUCUUCAAAAGAUCGGAUUCGGACAAGAGAAAAGAACCGAAAGGUAGUUAGCUACUAGUAGAUCAAAGAGACGCAGAUAUCCCGUUUUAAAACGCCAUCAUUGAAUAGUUUCUACGAAGCACAAAAGUCAUGGCGAGUAGCAGCGGUUCUAAAGCCGAAUUUAUUGUCGGUGGAAAAUACAAGCUUGUCCGGAAAAUUGGAUCUGGAUCAUUUGGUGACAUUUAUUUGGCAAUCAACAUCACAAAUGGAGAGGAGGUCGCUGUAAAACUGGAGUCGCAGAAAGCAAGACACCCUCAGCUUCUGUAUGAAAGCAAGCUGUAUAAAAUACUUCAAGGGGGAGUUGGCAUUCCACACAUCAGGUGGUAUGGGCAAGAAAAAGACUAUAAUGUCCUGGUCAUGGAUCUCCUGGGGCCCAGUCUAGAGGACCUCUUUAACUUCUGUUCCCGCAGAUUUACAAUGAAAACUGUCCUUAUGCUUGCAGAUCAGAUGAUCAGCAGAAUCGAAUAUGUACACACAAAAAACUUCAUCCACAGAGAUAUCAAGCCAGACAACUUUUUAAUGGGCAUUGGCCGGCACUGUAAUAAGUGUUUAGAAUCUCCAGUGGGGAAGAGGAAAAGAAGCUUGGCUGUUAGUUCUUCUCAGGACCCAUCUUUCUCAGGAUUAAACCAGUUGUUCCUCAUUGACUUUGGUCUGGCCAAAAAAUACCGGGACAACAGGACACGACAGCACAUACCCUACAGAGAAGACAAAAACCUCACAGGCACAGCACGCUAUGCUAGUAUCAAUGCACACUUGGGAAUAGAACAGAGUCGUCGAGAUGACAUGGAAUCUCUAGGCUAUGUGCUAAUGUACUUCAACAGAACCAGUUUGCCCUGGCAGGGACUGAAGGCUGCCACAAAGAAACAGAAAUAUGAGAAGAUUAGUGAGAAAAAGAUGUCAACUCCUGUUGAGGUCUUGUGUAAGGGUUUUCCAGCUGAGUUUGCCAUGUACCUGAACUACUGUCGUGGGCUACGAUUUGAGGAGGCCCCUGAUUACAUGUACCUUCGUCAACUCUUCCGGAUUCUUUUCAGGACUCUGAACCACCAGUAUGACUACACAUUUGACUGGACCAUGCUUAAGCAGAAAGCAGCACAACAAGCAGCCUCCACAGGGGGACAGGGGCAACAGGCACAGACCCCCACAGGCAAGCAAACUGACAAACCCAAGAGUAACAUGAAAGGUUUCUAAGCAUUAAGGCAGUUUAAUAAAGCAAAGAAGAGAAGAAAGGUCUUAGCAGGAUUUGCCUUCAGAUCACAUCCCAGCAUUUAGAAUCAAAUUCACCAUUUCAGGCAUUCUUUUCUUCUUGAAAGAUCUUGGUUUCAUAUACUACAUAUGCAAUCAGUAUAUAUAGGUAACAUGCUCUGCAUAUAUCUAUAUAUUGGUAUGUAUAUAGUAUAUCCAUAAAGAGGGCAGGCUUGGUAUGGAUUUUGAAGUUGUAAUCUUUUCUAUUGUAUUUCUGCCCCUGCCUUCCCUCAUUCCAGAAUGACUUUUCAAAAACUUCAGAAAAUUAUUGGUUUUCUGAGUGUGUAACUGUGCAAAACGAAGGUUUGCUCAAGUUUUCUCGUUCAGGAAAACUUUUUUCAGGAAAAUGUUCUUGUCUUACAUCACUGGCUGUCAUGAGCUUAAACUGUCAGAUUGAACAGUAUCCUAAAAUAAAAAUUAACUCUUGUUAUAAAAGGAAACCUGGCUAUACCUAAGCAGGCAUCUGUUUUAAAAGAUGAGGAAAACAUGAGGUUCUGUCUGCUGUGAUGUUGUAGAAGAGCUUCUAAUGUGAAGAUGAAAAAUUCUAGUGACUACUAGAUUUCUCUUUAGAACGCUGCAUUAACAGUUAUUGUACUUGAUAUUCAGAAGUAUAAAAAUAAAGAAUGAAAUCCACAGAAGCAUAUUCAUUAUAAAUUAGACAUCACUUCAGUAAACUUGUAUGUUAAGUGCUUAGAAGAAAAAUUGUAUGCAUAAAUGAUCUAAGUUUUUUUUUUUUUCUUCUCCUUUUUCUUCCUCCAUUACAUUAAAAACAACUGAUGGCCACAGUUAAUUUUUUUGGUUUGUUUAUUAUUAUUUUUUUUUAAUAAAAAAAUGUUUUGUAGAGCUUUCUUUUGAAUAAACUGGUUUAGGGGAAAAGGUGUUUUUGUUGCUCCUUGAGGUGUUGCUCAUUCUGUUGGAGAACACCCAUGGGACUAUGAGCAGCAUUUCUUUUAUAUUGGUGGUCGUAUUUCUCUCUUUUUUUUUUUUUCUUUAUUUCAAAGUAUGUUGUAGGGUUUUUUUUUUUUUUGGGUUUUCUUUUGUAUAUUUUUGGGUCCUUUGAGGGAAGAUCAGCUCGAAUUUCUGAUUUUAGCCACAAUGCACCAGUUAUAUGGUUUUCAGGGUUGUCCCCCACCCCACAUCCUGCUUUUGUUUUUCUUCACCAAUCUACUCUUCCUUUCUCCUGACCAGCUUAAAGUAUUUUAUUGCUGGAUGUUCUAUGAAGUGUAACUUAUUCCCUUUUAGCAUGUCAGAAUAAAUGACUUCUGAGAAACUUUGACCCAGACUAUAAUUCAAAAUGCGUCAUUUGCAAUUUUUUAAUACACCCACUUCACAAUGUUAGUUUAGUUAAUUUUCAUACACUAUAUUGCCAAAAGUAUUUGCUCUCCUACCUACAAAUGCAUAUGAACUUGAGUAACAUCCGAUUCUUAAUCCAAAGAGUUUAAUAUGAUGUUGGCCCAACCUUUGCUGCUAUACCAGCUUCAACUCUUCUGGGAAGGCUUUCCCCAAGAUUUAAGAGUGUGGGUAAGAGAAUCUUUGACCAUUCUUCCAGAAGCAGAUUUGUGAGGUCAGGCACUGAUUUUGGACAAGACUGUCUUGCUUGCACUCUCCACUCUAAUUAGCAAAGUGUUCUUUUGACUUUAUGGACCUCACUUGUGCACUGGUGUGCAGUCAUGUUGAAAUAUGAAGGGGCCAUCUCUUAACUGUUCCCACAAAGUUGGGAGCAUGAAAUUGUCCAAAAUGUCUUGGUAUGUUGAAACAUUAGGUUCAUUAAUUCCUUUCACUGGAAGUAAGUUGUCGAGCUCAAUAACUGAAAAACACCCCCACAUCAGUUCCAACAUGACUGCACAAAGCAAGAUUUAUAAGGACAUGGAUCCAACAUCCGUUUGUGCAGACCAGUUAAGUUCUUCCACACCCGAGUCAUGACCUCAACCCGAUUAGAGCACAUUUGGAAUAAAUUAGAGUGGAGACUGCGAGACCUUCUCGUCCAAUGACUGGGUCUGACAUCACAAAUGCGCUUCUGGUAAAAUGGUUAAAAAUUCUGAUGAACGUACUUCUAGAUCUUGCGGAAAGCGUUCCCAGAAGAGUUGAAGCUGUUAUAGCUGAAAAGGAUGACCCAUAUUAAGCCCUAUGGAUUAAGAAUCGGUUGUAAUGCAAGUUCAUAUGCAUGUAAAGGCAGGUGAGCAAAUACUUUUGCCAACGUAGUGUAUGUUUUAAGGUUUUAUAUAUGUAAAUAAAAUGGCUUAAAUGUACAGUGUUGAAAUAAAAUAACAAAAAAAAUGACCAAGAAUCUUCUGUACCUGUUAAAAUGCCAAAAAUCUGUAAAUAUUGAAUAUAUUUCAAAACCCUAAACCUAUAAAAAUACAAUUCAUAAUUAAUAUUGGAUAAGCUGGUCUGAAGAAAAAAAAAACUCCAUCCUUUAACAGUAAUAGGGGGAAAACAUUUCUAAUUCUAUUCUAAUAACUACUGCAAUUUUAGGGCUGACAUGGUGGUUGGUUCAUAAUUGGCACAACACAAAUAUUCAGAAUAAGACUGACACUGAUAGUUGUCACUAAUUAUGAUUAAGGGGGAACGGAAAGCAAGAUGGGAGAAUAAUUAGUUACUAGACUACUUUUUAAGUGUAAUUGACACAAGUUUAUAUACCAAAGUCUCAAUCAGUAAACUGUUAAUGUUAAAUUGAUGUUAACCGAAAUGCAUUUCCUGAUAUUCAGCUACACUUUUUAAACAGUUAUAGAAGCGAUUUAUUGUAUAAUCAUGCCCUCUGCUACUGCCCAAAUUGGGGUGGAUUCUCUCAUGAGUCUGGCUCCUCUCAAGGUUUCUACCUUAUGGUGUCUCAGGGAGUUUUCCCUUGCCACUAUGACUUCUGGCUUUCUUUUUUUGGGACAAACCGAUGAGCUAUAAAUGUAUACAUUUUAAUUUGUAUCUAGAAUUGUUUCUGUAAACUUGUUUUGCAACAAUCCCCAUUGUUAAAAGUGCUAUUCAAAUAAAGUUUAAUUGAACAAGGCA